AUGGAUGAUAUUCACGAUAGAGAUCGCAUACCAGAUUCAGAAGGCGACGAAAGUGAUAUCGUAUUUUGGAAUCCAUAUGCAUGCGGCUUUUCAAAGGGGGCACCUUCAAACACGCUUCGUACUUCGACUGCGGGUCAGUCAUCCUACGCGACAGAUACGCAGCUUUCACUGACUUCACCACCUUCAGAAGUCUCUGCAAUUCAAAGUGGAACUACUCACAAUCAAAGAUCACUGAGGAAAAGGACUGCAAUCCAAAAGAUGCCUUAUAGUUUGGACAGAAUUAGACAUAAGCAGUUACUCCAAGGUUUUGACGUAUCUAACUUCAACACCAUAUCUAAUGACAUCGAGCUGCCGGCCAGCCCUACACUAGAUAGUUUUGGUGACAAAAUACGGCAAAACUCGUGUCAUGACAACGGCGAUAUGACCGAAGGAGUCUGUGCUGAUGACUCUUCUUCAAGCGAGCAUAUCGAACAUUCUCGACACGACGAGUAUUCUCAGGAUCACUCUGAUGUGAGAUAUCUGCCGAAACUUACCCUGGAUCAUGAAGUUGAUUCAACUCCAAAUAAAAUAUUAUUCAGAGGUAAACUGGUUGAUAUUAAGACUGGAUAUCGUGGAGUUCUGCCGCGCAUUAUGUGGGAGAAGGCUAUAAAGACGUCGUCCACUGAGCCAAGGACUAGGCGAACUCAAAAAUCGAACACAACAAAAGGAAUAGCGAAAAGGAAAACGUCUUCUGGUAAUCGAAAACAAGACACAGAGUUACUUGAUCAAUUAAUUGCCUCAGAUGAUGACUUGCAGGGAGAUACAUUCAACUACAAUUAUAGGCAUGAUAAACAAGAUACCCUGAAUUUACAACAUAUAACAGAGUACCUUGAUAAGCGGUAUUCUGACACAUAUCUCUUCGAUCAGUUAUCAGACGUAGAAAAUAAUUACUCUGAAAAGGCGGAAGCGGGCGACUUUAUGUUGGGAGAUGAUUUCAAAGGGCCGACUGAUUAUUUGCUGACAAAUUAUAUAAGCAGCGCUCAAGAUGAUGGUUUGUUCCAAUCUGAUUCAAACGAAUCAGGAAGGGACGCGAGAGAGGAUAAUCAUAGUACGAUUGACGCAAUGCUGCUCAAAACAACACCACGGAAAUUGAAUUCAAGGCAAAAAACUAUAGAGCCAUCUCAAAAAUAUUCGAGACAGGAACGCCAGGUAACCCGAUUUCCAAAAAUAUCAAAGAAGUCAAUUAGAAAAGACUAUUUUAGCAACAAACACCUUUCUCGCCUAAAAAAUGAACGUACACCCAAUUUCAGUUCCCCAGUUCAAAGAAAUCAUCGAAGAAAUCAGAUAUUAGAUGACAAAGGGUUCGAUUCCAUCGAAUCUCAACCAACGAUUCAGACACAACUGAAGCCAAAGGACUCAAGCGGAAAUGUAAAAGAUAAUAUCGAUGAAAGAACAUCACAAAACAAUCUGAUAACAAGGAAACCCUUUAUUAGCAGUCAUCAUGAGAUCGCCCGACGGCCUCGAACCUUUACUACUGUCGUAGAGGAUGUAGGCCACCAACUCGUCUUAAGAAGGACCAAGACUCCUAGCGGGUCAUUAAUGAGAGAAGGCCUCACGGGAGCCGAGAAAGAAAAAGAUGUAUUCGAGAGUUUUUAUGCGGAGGCAUUUGAUGCGUAUAUAUUUGGAAGAUCAAUACAAUCCCCAGAUACCAUCAAGAUCACUAUUUCAAAAGAGCAGUUUGUUCUUUCGAAAUUUGCAUCUGAUGUCGAAAUUGGCAUCAAAAACGUGUUGAAUCACAUUGUUUUCAUGGGGGCAUCGGAUAUGGAAUUAUUGACCGGAUCGAGGUCUCUUGUCGAAUUCCUAAAUCUUUUAAAUAAACCAGAAUUAUGGGAGACAAUAGAUGACUAUCACAAGAAUUUCAGAGCAAGGGUAAACUCACUUCGAGAACGGGCGAAACCUAUUCAUUUUCACCAGAUUGCAGUCUGUCAAGUCAUGUUACUUCAGAUAUCAAACUAUUCGACAUGUGCACCAUACCUUAAACAAGAGAUCGAAAGAAAGAUACUUGAUCAUACCGUAUCUUUUUUCAAGCUUCUCUCUAAGUGCUACGAUUUAGUCUCAAAAAACAAUGACCGACUCUUAGUCGAAGGGAUUCACAUCCUUUCAGCAAUUUUAAUUCAUUUGAGACAAACGUCAGCGUUUCACGAACGCAUUUUGAACCUUUCAUUCCCACCUAGGGUAGCGUUAUUAUUGAAUAAUUAUUUCUUAGAGGGAAAAGAUGAUUGGAAUUUGGUCCAGCCCAGAAACGACUAUGAGGACGCUUCGCAUUGGGUAAGUUUCAUCAAGGAUGCUACUACUGUUCAUAAGUGGACGGUAAAUGAUCAACUUGUGACGAACAUUUAUGAGUACUACAAGAAAAGGAAGUUUCAAGAUUUUGAAGAAGAGGAAAGUUCCAAUAGUUUGCCCCAAAUAAUGAAUGUGAAGGAUAUGAAAUUACCUGAAACUUCAAUAUUUAAUUGGUUUUUGUGCAUACUACAUACAACUGAUCUUUCCAGUUCUGCAAUUGAAAAAAUGACGCCACUGAGCAGGAUAAAUAAGCUAGAUUCCCCGUCUCUUUUGGCAAAUAGAAUUAACUUGUUGCUGGUUUUAUCCUCUAAAACUGGUGCUAGUUUUGAAAAAAACUUUGAUGAACUUUUCGCUCCAUAUUUUGAAGAUGCAGAACGUAUGCUCAUUUCAGAGCCUAUUCUCGAAUGCAUGUUUAAAGGGUUUAUUGCUUUACUUGAGCUUAAUUCUUAUAAAAAUUUGACAUCCAAAGGAAGAUGUAUGCUAUCGUUCUGGAAAUUUGCUCAACGGUCCAAUUCAACACGCAUCGAUAAUAAAUGGAAUAUGCUUCUAGAAUACGUCAUCUCUAUCUUCCCCCAUCUGCAGAAAUCAAAAAGCACUCUUCUGAGAACUUUUCAUCCAAUAUUGUACUCUAUCUUGAAAGAUAAGCGGCGAAUCAAAUCGGGGCUACAACUGCUCAAUUUGUAUGUUGAAAAUCUUCACAUCCUGGGAAUACCUUGGGUACAGAGUCAUUUGCACCAAAUAAUCUCAGUUUCGGCCUGUGAUAACGUCGAGCUGUUGAAUUUAUACUGUAUGAUAACGCAGUUCUUGGCGGACGGGAAAGCAAUUACGUGGUGGUCAGUAUUGAACUACAUCAACAUCAAUAAAAAUGACCCCAUAUGUCUAUCUUUUUACACAAUGGUUGUCACACAUUGUGACAAGUCAUCUUUUCAGCAAAUCAAGCAUAUGCUCUUCGAAACAGCCGUUGAUCUAUUACUGGACCACAACAAUGCCUCGCUUCGUAACUAUCUCAUUGCCUUGUCUAAGCGAGACGACAAAUUUUCAGUUAAUUUUUAUGGAGCAUCAUCUGUUGGUCAUUUUGAAACAAUCACUAAAUCAUUAGUUGGAUUUCAUAAAGCUUCGUAUGACGAUCUUAUCGAGAUUUGCAUAGCUAAUAUUAAAACUGCAUAUUCCCUACAUCCGCACAAGCGACAGCUCUAUCAAGAGAUUAUUGCAUUUAUUAAUUCAAACUUCGUCGAUAAGGUCAAGAAAAACCACGACUUUCUCUAUCUCAAAAGGCAAUUCGAAAUAUCGGAUGAAGAGACAGAUAAAAGCAUCUUUCGUGAUCUGCUCAAGUCCCUCGGUGAUGAUAGUAUGAGAGCAGUCUUCAUUCAGGAAGAAAUAAUGCGGUCAAACAGAAACAACGAGAAUUCUGAAUUAUUCAUCGAAAAAUUGAGCUCUUCUUUAGGAACAGGAACCUUCAAUAAUGAUUUCGAAUUUUUCACCAAGAUGAUCGAAGCUAACACUGUUAUUAACGCAAAUAAUCAAACUUCACUUCAAUGGCUUGUCCUAGCAACAUUAAUAAAGAUCAUAAAUCGAGCCCUAGCAAAAAGGUACUAUCAGGUGACUUCCUCUGAGUUCUACGAAAUUUGCAAAUUGCAUAGGCUGAUCUGUCAUUGCUAUUGCGUCCGUGUGAUACGCAACUCUUCCGAUUGUAAUCAACUAUCCUUUUUCAAAGAAGCUUGCAAUUUACAAAUUUGGACACUCAAAAUGUCCCGUGGUUUUUUGGAGCAUUCGUUACUAAUGGACUUUACAGGUGAGUUUCUUUCGUACGAUGGCUCGUCGUUCAAAUCAAAGCUGAAUUAUUCCUUUAUUCGCCCAAUAGCAGUGUUUCUCGAAGAAAAUAAAUCGUAUCACGUCUAUCGGAGCAUAGAUAAUGAUAGAGUGGCACAGUUUUUGCGUGACCAAAUUGAGCAUUUGACCCUAAAGCUAUCUCGCCAUGAAUAA